GAUAGCCUCAUACACCGUACUCGCUAUAAGCCGCAAAUCACGGCCACGACCGCUUUCCAACGAAUCUCGAAAAUGAAACUCUCAGCCCUCUCCUCCGUGGUUAUUUUUCUCUCCUCGACCGUCUCCACCGUCUCCGCAAACCCCGUACAACAAGAUACUACCUGCGCUCUAAUCAGCAGCGGCUCCGAAGGCUGCGACUUCGACCCUUUCCACGGCCAGCGCCGCGAAACGUUGAAAAAGGGUCUCUUCAUCCAACCUAACUGCGCCAUCGCUUCCGGUCGGAACGCCGCUUGGUCCAAAAGGUGGGCAUGGAUCCAGGCUAGGGGGUGUUGGGUUACGGAGGGGGUGCUGAAUGUGGGGUGUGUUGAUGUUUUGCCUACUUGUGAUGGCUUGGGGAGUGAUGGGUAG